GGAAGUGCCUGUCUGUCAUGGGGCCGCUCUCUCCUCAGCUUCUCCACUGUCCCCAGGGCCUCCAGCACUACAUCUCCAGUUCUCCCUGUCCUGGCCACGGCCCAGCCACCAUGACAGGCACACCAGUGGAGGAAUCCCUCUUCCAAAUCAUCCACUGCUACCACCAGUAUGCAGCCCGGGAGGGAGACGUGGAGACCCUGUCCCUGGAGGAGUUGAAGGCUCUGCUUAUGGACAAUGUACCACGCUUCAUGGAGAGCCUGGGCCGGAAGGAGCCCUACUACAUCUCAGAGUUGUUCCGGGCUGCAGACAAGAACAAGGACAACCAGAUCUGCUUUGAUGAGUUCCUCUUCGUCCUGGGCCGUCUGGUGAGGGACUACCACCUGCACUACCACCGGCAGCAGUGUGCCCACUACUGCGCCCAGCACAGCCUCUACUAGCAGAUGUGUGGCCGCCUCCACCGCAGGGGCCUGUCCGGGAGCGGAUGGAGAGCUCUGCCCAGUGAGUCUGUGUGUACCCACAUGUGUGUGCAACCAACAGCUGUGAGGGAAGAGAAUAAAGCAACCCCAUAAAUGUG